AUGUCCUCUUUCCCCUUCGCCGUCACAGAGCAUACAAUCGAAGCUUCACAUAUACGAGAAUACGCCCGCGCAACAUCCCACUCACAAGAUGAAAAGCUUUACCUACAUAUAAAGCAGUACACUCCUAAAGAUAACCCCAAUCCUCAGAAAGGUGACGUGACCAUCAUUGGUGGCCACGCCAAUGGCUUCCCCAAGGAACUAUAUGAACCUCUCUGGGAGGAGUUCUACCAUGAGGCUAAACGCCGCGAUAUUCGCAUUCGGAGUAUCUGGAUAGUGGAUACAGCGUGGCAAGGCCGGAGCGGUAUUAUCAACCAAGACGCCCUUGGCAAUGACCCAAGCUGGCUCGACUAUGCGCGUGAUAUCCUCCACAUGGUCAACACAUUCCGCCCUCCCCCGCCAAUAAUGGCAAUAGGCCAUUCCUUUGGUGCAAACGCUCUCACAAACGUUGCCCUGCUUCAUCCCCGUGUCUUCACAUCCCUUGUUCUUCUGGAUCCCGUCAUCUCCCACUUCGCCUCCACGCCCGGCGCCCGAAGCGCUGGUCCUGCAGCGGCGAGCAUGAAUCGUCGCGAAGUCUGGCCAUCCCGCGCCGAAGCAUCAGCGUCCUUUAAUCGCAGUCCCUUCUACAAGUCAUGGGAUCCUCGUGUGUUGCAACGCUGGCUAGACUAUGGUAUUAGGGACGUACCAGGAGGAGAAACCGUUACUCUGACCACGACAAAAUACCAAGAGAUUUUUACUUUCCUGCGCCCCAGUUGGCAGGCAUACGACGCUGAGGGUAAAGAUGUGAUCCACCCCGAACACACACCAGAUCUGGACCCAAGUCUAAACCGACGCUGGGCAACAUAUCCCGUCUACCGCCCCGAAGGCCCCAACACCGUCGUUCGGCUCCCCGAAGUCCGCCCCAGUGUCCUCUAUGUCUUUGGCGGCAAGAGCGACGUCUCUCCACAAGAGCUUCAGGAUGAGAAAAUGGCUCUUACGGGAACUGGUGUAGGCGGCAGUGGUGGCCAAUCGAAGGGCCGCGUGAAGAAGGUAGUCGGCGAGAAGAACGGUCACUUAAUCCCCAUGGAGGAUCCGCGCCUCUGCGCAAGUGCUGCAGCCGAUUGGAUCAAGGCUGAACUUGAACGGUGGUGGACCGAUGAGCGUAAAUAUGUCGAGUGGACGAACAAGUCCAAGGAGGAGAAGAGUACUGUGUCGGAAGAAUUUCAAAAGCGUAUCGGCAAACCUGCGCCUCGUAGACCCAAGAACGUUACAAAGGCAAAGAUAUAA